CCCCGUGGCUCGGCGAGUGGCGCUGGGGGGGCAGCGGCGGGACUUGGCACCGGGACCCGACCCCUGGGCUCCCUCCGCCCCGAGCCCGCACCGCGCCGUUACCGGAGCUCCCGCGCUUCCCCUUCGCAGGACGUCCCGUUCCCCCCGCGGUGAGCGCGGGGUCGGCAAGGGGCGGUGAUGUGUGUGUGAGUCACCGGGGCCGGGCCCUGACCGUCCCGUCCCGUCCCGCCGAAGCUCCGGUUGGUUCCCGGGGAAUGAGAAACGCGGCGCUGGGUCGGAACUCGCCCCGCGGUGGGUGCUGAGCUGCCGGGGCCGGGAGGGAUGGCGGCGGGAAACGGGGUGGAAGAACUGGCCUGGAGCCCCGGCUCGGCCCCGCGCCCCCCGCCCGGAUUGGAGGCAAAGCUGGGCUCGCUGGUGCUGCUCCUGUUCCUGCCCCUCGCCUUCGGCCUCGCCCCGCUCUGCUGCUUCCGACAGCCCCCGAGCUCUGCCGACGCCGGCAGCCCCGUGGUGCUCAGCCUCGUGAGCUGCUUUGCCGGCGGCGUCUUCCUGGCAACCUGCCUGCUCGACCUGCUGCCCGACUACCUGAGCAGCAUCAGCGCGGCGCUGGAGGGGCUGCGCAUCACGCUGCAGUUCCCGUUGCCGGAGUUCAUCCUGGCCAUGGGCUUCUUCCUGGUGCUGGUGCUGGAGCAGGUGGCGCUGGCGCAGCAGGAGCCAUCCUCACCCUGCUCCUCCUCCUCCUCCGUGCCCGAGGAAAGCCGAGCUCUGCUCCCGCCGGGCUCCAUCCAGAGCGCGUCCCCGCCGCCCGGGGCCGGUGCCCGCGGUGCCGUGCGUGCCGGGCUGCUGGUGCUGGCGCUGGCGCUUCACGCCGUGCUGGAGGGGCUGGCGCUGGGGCUGCAGGAGGCCGAGGGCGCCGUGCUGCGCGUGUGCCUGGCGCUGCUGCUGCACAAGUGCGCCGUGGCCUUCAGCUUGGCGCUGAAGCUGCUGCGGGGCCGCCUGCGCCCGCCCGCCGUGGCCGCCUGCCUCCUGCUCUUCGCCAUGAUGUCGCCGCUGGGCGUGGGGCUGGGCACGGUGGUGGCGGCGGGCGCCGGGCCCCGGCAGAGGUUGUGCCGGGGGGUGUUGGAGGGGUUGGCGGCCGGGACCUUCCUUUAUAUCACUUUCUUAGAGAUUUUACCCCAGGAGUUGGGGGUCCCUCAACACAGAGUCCCCAAAGUCAUCCUGCUCCUGGCCGGCUUCGCCCUGGUCACCGCCAUCCUCUUCAUCAAGAUCUGAGGCGCCCUCAACCUCCCCCCAUCCCCUGUGGGACUCCUGGGGCAGGGGCUUCCCCUCUGCCCCCCUAAACUCCGUGCAAGUGCCAAAGUGCCACUCUGGGGGCUGGCCCCGGACCCUCAGCACACGCCGGGGUCACCCCCCACCCACCCCAGCAAGACUCGGCCCCCUGCCUCGGUUUCCCCCCCUGCACAACGGACAUGUGGUGCUGCCCCCCACUGCAGGACCCAGCCUGACAGGGGAGCACAGUUUGGUUCCCACCCCUCCAUCAGCCCCCACCCAAGUGCCCUUACAGCGUGGACAGACGCCCUGGGAGGGGCAGCCUGGACCCCCCGCCUGGGGAGGAGUUUUAGAUGAAGCAAAUAAAGGACUUGGCCUGGU